AUGAAGCAGAAUCCAACGGUUUCUGAACUGAAAAUCGAAGCGUGUCUACAUCACAGUGGUCACGAAAUCGAUGCAUCCAAGAUUCGCCUUGAACGUAAUGAGUGGUGUCGAGUUAUACAACUUAUACGAGAAAUGGAUGAAGGUUUAUUGCAAAUCGACUUACAACAUAUGACACGUAUAAGAGAAAUUCUUGGCAAUAAUGGGCGGUUCCGUUUGAUGACGGACGAAGGGCUUUGUCAGCAGUUGCCGAAGUGGAUAGAACAG